AUGCCCCAGUCUCAUGUAGAGUCAGGAGAGUGCUCCGAAGCUCAUGAUGAGGGCCAGGACUUGGCCAUUCCGGCCGCAGGCUGGACACCGCAGCUCGGCUCGAAGACGGUCAAGUCGACGGCUCGAGAGGAGGACUCGAUGUCUCAUCAGGACUCUCCGCUCUCCACUCGGCCAUUUCCAACCCUGGCAGACUUGCGACUGCAGGUGGACGAGCGGCUGCACGAGGCAAUCAAGGGAGGUGCCUUUCAAGGCACCACACGGAGCCGCAGCGAGAACAGCAGGCUCCGAUGGGAACUCAGGGCAGCUCGAUGUGAGCUGGAGCAGGGCGAAGUUGAAGCAGCCUGGCAACAAGAGGUGGAAUUCUGGAAGGCAGAGGUGAGCAGACUAGAAGCAGAGUUGCUUGAGCUAAAACAGCAUCGGGCAUCUGCAGAAGCGCUCGGAAAGGGCCUGCAGAAGGUGCAGCCCACGCCGCCAACGUCCCAAGCGCGGCACGAGGACGAUGCGAGCGAGACCGCUCGCUGGUUCGGUCGAGGGUGUGGCGAAGAUGACACCAAGAAGUGGAGGUGA